AUGGACGGGCUAUUUACACUGCUCAUUUUGAGCACUGUCAUGGCCGUGGCUUCUUUUCUGGCCGGUAUCCUCCCUCUUUCUCUCACUCUGUCGACGGCACAGUUGCGCUUUAUCUCGACAGUUGGCAUGGGCGUUUUGGUGGGCACAUCUCUUGUCGUUAUAAUUCCAGAAGGCGUCGAGACUCUUUACAGUGCCAAUGAAGUUGGCCAUACUCAUGCCCAUUCGCAUGCAAGAAGACAUGCGUUGGUACCCGCCGCAGAUGUUCGAUGGCCAAGUCACCUUGGGCCACUGGCACAACACUCGCCCAAGCUGCUCGUACGCGCCGCAGACAAAGAACCUAGCCCAUUCGAUGUCCCCGGGCCCGUUAUCCCCGCCGGGAUGGACCCUCCACCACGAACCCCUACCAAACCUGGUGUGGUCGGCAUAAUGGAUUCGGACCACAAGGAUGAUAAGGCAGCAGAAGAGAAGUCUGGCGCUGCGAAAGAGGAACACAAUGGAUCUGAACAUGCAUGGAUCGGCGUGGCCUUACUAGCUGGGUUUAUGCUCAUGUACCUCAUUGAUAAGGUGCCGCAAUACAGCGGACCAUCGAAGCCAAAAGCACGAACACAUCAUAUUGCCUUAAACAAUUUGGGUCGACAGUUCAACCUCACUACGUCUCUUGAUCGGGAUGACGAGGCAGAUACUUUUUUGGAGUCUCCAGAAGGGUCCCACGUGCGAAGUCGGAGUUUCGCAACGACCAUCGGCUUGGUGAUUCAUGCAGCUGCAGAUGGAAUUGCUUUAGGAGCUUCGUCUACAGCUACAAAUUCGACUUUGAGUCUGGUGAUUUUCUUUGCAAUCAUGGUCCAUAAGGCCCCUGCGGCUUUUGGCUUGACCUCGGUUUUGGUGAAGCAAGGGCUUUCAAAACGUGCAGCGCGGGGUCACCUUGUCCUUUUCAGUCUGGCGGCGCCGGCAGGUGCUCUCCUUACCUGGCUGUUCGCUCAUCUCCUGGGCGGAGGUGGUAGUCAUAACGCAGAGAAGACGACCUGGUGGACUGGGAUCCUGUUGCUCUUCUCUGCCGGGACCUUCCUUUACGUUGCGAUGCAUUCCAUGCAAGAUGCAUCUGACUCCCACCAUGAUGGGGCGAACGGCCAUCCCAAUGGGUAUGUGGACGGUCGUGAAGGGCCUGUGACGGAGCCGAAACCGUCUUGGAAGGAUCUUGGGGCGGCUUGCUUUGGAAUGAUCUUACCCUUGUUCAUGCAAGUUGGACAUGCACACUAA